AUGGAUCUUAACGGCGCGCGGAGAAAAAACGCAACUCGUGAAACGACGAGCACACUUAAGGCUUGGCUGAACGAGCACAAGAAGAACCCCUACCCGACCAAGGGCGAGAAGAUAAUGCUCGCCAUCAUCACGAAGAUGACCCUGACGCAGGUGUCCACGUGGUUCGCGAAUGCUCGCCGCCGCCUCAAGAAGGAGAACAAGAUGACCUGGGAGCCGAGGAAUAGGGUUGAUGAUGAUGACAAUAAUAAUGACGACGAUGACCACAAGAGCAACGACGGGAAGGAUGCGCUUGAUGGUAAAGAUUCCGGGACCGGUUCAAGCGAGGACGGAGACAGGCCGCAGCAAAGGUUGGAUCUGCUGGGACAGCGUACGGAGUCCGAAUGGUCAGAGUCGCGAGCAGACAGUGGCCCGGAGUCGCCGGAGCCGUACGAGAGACCUAUUCACCCGGCUUACCAACACUUACCUUCGCGAGCUCCACCUGGCAGCACUCCAGCGUCAGCUAAGCCCAGAAUCUGGUCAUUGGCCGACAUGGCAAGUAAGGAUGGCGAGGCCCCGGCCCCGCCGCCAUCUGCGUCGGCCUUCUACCAGUCCGCUGCCGCAGCCGCUGCCGCUCGGCUCACUCAUCCCUACAGCAGACCCGAGCUGUACCGAGGUCUGUACCCGCCGGCUCAUCCCGCUGACGUGGCGCUGCUGGAGUACUCGCGCUCGCUGGCGCUGGCUGCCCCCGCGCCCGCGCCACCGGCCCCCUCCCCCUCAUCGUCGUCCACCUCAUCCCUGGCUGAGCCGCCGCCCCCCUCCCGCGCC